AUGGAGACCGACGACUGCAAGGACCAGCCAAUCACUCCGGAGCUGCGGCUCCAGCUCUUCUUUGGAUGGAAGCAUGGGGCUGGACGGGCCCCCGUGCCCUCUGCCUGGCCGAUGAGGGGUGGGUGCGCCACCCCGUUCCCCAAGCAUGCAGAGCCACCUCCUCGGGCCCCGCGCCCUGCACCCCGGUUCCGGCCUUGCCUCCGCCUCUUCCCGGGGUGGGUCCACGGCUGGGCCGCCUACCUGGACCGGUCCCUGCUGGAGGCCAGCCAGUGUGGCUGGGGCAAGGCCAAGGGCACCUUGCUGUCUCCUGUCCCACACCCAGCUCACCUGGCCUGGCCUGGGGAUGUGAACUCCUGUCUUUCUGUCUCCACAGAUGUCACCUGUGAUGUACCUGCUGCUACCAUCCUGGGAGGAGACCGGCAGGAGCCCUGUGCCCUGACCCCAGGGUCCAGCCCCCUGGCUCUCACAUUCCUGCCCAGCAAGCCGGGUGCCCGGCCCCAGCCCGAGGGAGCCAGCUGGGAUGCAGGGCCUGGUGGGGCCCCCUCGGCCUGGGCAGACCCAGCAGAGGGCAGUCCCAACCCCGCACUCCUGUCCAAGGGCCUGCACCCCCAGGCUCUGCCCGCUGCCCUGGAGCCCCGGAUUGUGAUGGGCGAGGAGACUUGCCAGGCACCGCCGUCAGCCAGGGCAGCCCUGCCAGUGCUCAGGGAACAGGAGCCCUGCUCUCAGGACAACCCUCCCGUGCCUUCCCCAUCCCCGGACCCUGACCCCUUCUUCACCCCUCCCUCCACCCCCACUGAGGCCACCUAUGCCCUGCUUCUCGGCCAUGGGCCGCACAGGGACGCAUGGGAUGCUGAGGCUGAGCCGCUGGACUCACUGCCUGCCUCGCCCUCAGGCUCCUCCUAUGUCACGGCUGAUGGGGACAGCCAGGCCUCAUCACCUUCCUGUCCCCUCAGCCUGCCGGCCACUGCUGAAGGGCUGGACUUCGCCUCACACUGGGGCCUCUCCCAGCCGGGGUGGGCAGCUGAGGGAGGGGGGCAGCACCCUGCCGGGCCCCCGUCCUCUGAGUCCAGCCUCUCAGGGGACAGCGGCUCUUCCUGGAGCCAGGAGGGCCACUUCUUUGACUUGGACUUCCUGGCCGAUGACCCAAUGAUCCCUGCGACCCUGCUGCCCUUUCAGGGCAGCCUCAUCUUCCAGGUGGAGUCAGUGGAGGUGAUGCCACUGUCCCCAGAGGAGGAAGAGGAAGAGGAGGAAGAGGAGGGGUCACCUGACCCUCUGGGCCCAGAGGGGGAAGUGGCCGGAGGGGACGAGGAGGAGGAGGACAGCGCCUCAGCUUCCUUCCUGCAGUCACUGUCCGACCUGUCCAUCACCGAGGGCAUGGAUGAGGCCUUCGCCUUCCGGGAUGACACCUCAGCGGCCUCCUCAGACUCUGACUCAGCGUCCUACGCAGGGGCUGAGGACGACCUGCUGUACAGCGGGGAGCCCCACGCCCAGCCCGGCAUGCUGCUGCAGGACACCGGCCUGAAGGCGGAGCAGGAGUGUACAGGCAGGGCUUCAUUCUGGAGCAAAGAAGCCAGGGGCAUGGCACCGGCCCCUCAGGUCCCAGAGGGAGAAGCCCCUGUCAGCCAGAGCCCUGAGUCAAUCUCAGGAAUCUCCAAAGAGAGCCUUGCUUCCAGCCAGGUGUCUGCGGCUGCUGUGACCCCUCACGCUGGGCUGGCGGCCACAGGGGUGACCCUUGAGGUGGGAGCCAAAGAUGCUGAUUCUAUGGCUGGAGGAACACCUGUCAUCUGGGUACCAGCUCAGCCCUCCCAGGAUAGGAGGGGCACUGCCUUCAGCCAGCCGCCUGAUGCUGCAGAGGCAAAGCCAGAUCUGCAGGAAGCAGCAGGCGCCGCUGUGGGCCCAGACCCUCCUGAGCUCACGGGGCAUGGAGGCAGCCUGGGUCUCCCAGAAGGCCUGGAGUCUAUGGCUGUAGCCACACUACAGCCCCUGCAGGCCAGAGAGGACAGCCCGUUACCCCAGGACUCUCUGGAGCGUGCACUUCCGCCCCUGCUGGAUAAAGAUCCCACCUCAGGCCUAGAGUCUGUGGCUAUGGCCAUGCUAGAGUCUCAGAAGGCUGAAGGAGGUGUCUUGUUAUUUCAGGACUCUUCUGAGCCUGCUCUUCCACCUCUACUGGAUAAUCCCACCUCAGGCCUAGAGUCUGCAGCUGCAGCCAUUUUGGAGUCUCAGGAGGCCAAAGGGGGCACCCUGUUACCCCAGGACUCUCCUGAGCCUGAGCUUCUGCUGGAUGAAGAUCCCACCUCAGGCCUAGAGUCUGUGGCUGCAGCCAUUUUGGAGUCUCAGGAGGCCGAAGGUGGUGUCUCAUCACCCCAGGACUCUCCUGAGCCUGAGCUUCUGCUGGAUGAAGAUCCCACCUCAGGCCUAGAGUCUGUGGCUGCAGCCAUUUUGGAGUCUCAGGAGGCCAAAGGGGGCACCCUGUUACCCCAGGACUCUCCUGAGCCUGAGCUUCUGCUGGAUGAAGAUCCCACCUCAGGCCUAGAGUCUGUGGCUGCAGCCAUUUUGGAGUCUCAGGAGGCCGAAGGUGGUGUCUCAUCACCCCAGGACUCUCCUGAGCCUGAGCUUCUGCUGGAUGAAGAUCCCACCUCAGGCCUAGAGUCUGUGGCUGCAGCCAUUUUGGAGUCUCAGGAGGACGAAGGUGGUGUCUCAUCACCCCAGGACUUUCCCAAACCUGCACCUCCACCCCUGCUGGAUGAAGAUCCCACCUCAGGACAUGAGUCUGUGGCUGCAGCCACACUGGAGUCCCAGAGGGCUGAUGGUAGUGUCUCAUUACCCCAGGACUCUCCCGAGCCUUCACCUCCAUCUCUGCAAGAUGAAGAUCCCACCCCAGGCCCAGAGUCCAUGGUGACAGCCACACCAGGGCCCCUGCAGGCUGGAGGGAGCAUCCUGUUACCCCAGGACUCUCCCAAAUCUUCACCUCCAUCUCUACAAGAUGGAGAUCCCACCUCAGGCCUAGAGGUCAUGGCUGUGGCCACACUAGCGUCCCAGGAGGCUGGAGGGGGUGUCCUAUUACCCCAGGACUGUACUGAGACUGCUCUUCUACCCCUGAAAGACCAAAAUCCCACCUGGAGCCCAGAGGUCAUGGCUGUAGCCAUGUCAGUUCCCCUGCAGGCCAAACAGGGCAUCUUGUUACCCCAGGACCCUCCUGAAUCUUCUCCACCUCUGCAAGAUGAAGAUUCCACCUCAGGCCUGGAGACAGUACCAGUGGCCACACCAGGGACUCAGAAGGCUGAAGCAGGCUGCACCCCAGGGACCAAGGCCAUGGCCUCUGUGGCUCAACAGGAAUUAGGUGUGGCCUUAAAACGGAGGCCUGUGCCCAAGGAGUGGCUUGCAGUGCCCCCUGGUGACCCAGAGCCUGCAGCCUUGAACCUGGGCCCACAGGAUGGUCCCAAGCCAGCAGCAGAGGCUGGGAUGCUUGGGCCUCCGGAAGAAGCAGGGCCCACCCUGGGUAUGGAGGCCCCUGCCGCCCUCAAGGUGAGCCUUGGUCCCAGGAAGGAAGGAGCCUCAGGCCUGCCUACUGCAGAGCGGGAAGCUUGUGUGGAAGCCCAGGCACCAGGCAAUGGGGCUGAGACCUGCUUGCAUCCAGAGGAGGCCCAGGGGCCUAAGACCCAGAGGGCGAGGGGUCCCAAGCCACCAACACAGGGACAUGGACCUAAGUCAGCACCCCGAGGUGCAAAGGGGGCUCCCAAGGCCCUUCGUGCCACCUGCCCUGAGGUCAGCCAGGUGCCACCCCUGAGCCCAGCCAGAGAGGGCAGGGCCCUGGGCAAAAAGGCCACUCCAGGGCCCAGGCUCCCUACAGCCCGGGCUGCAGAGGCCCAGCAAGGCUCCUGCCCAGGGUCCCCAGUCAGGGCUGUGUCCAGGCUGGACGGGGACAGCCCCAAGGAGCCUGUCCCAUCAGCACCACCCUCCCUGCGACUGCAGCCCCCCUCCACCCCGAGUCUCCUCAGCCGACCCCCACCAGCGCCCCCCAGAACCCCAGCCCGGGGAGCACCCAGCACACCCCGCAGCAGGCUCCCGGACCCCAACUCCUCUGCUCCUGGUGCCCCCUGCCCACACCAGGAUCACCAGGAAGACUCCACAGAGGGUGAGGAGCCCCCAGCCUCUCGGGGUUCCCCACUGCCUCAGGUGGGAGCCCAGCGGGCUGCCACUGCCUCAGGAACCACACAGCCUCGGGGAGCUAGACAGCGUAUCAGCCUGGCACCCCAAUCCCCCCUCAGCCCCAAGGCGGCUCCCACAGAUACCAAAGAGCCAGCCUCAAGGAUCGUACCCCCCUGCCAAGUGCCUCCUCCCUCAGGGCCCCAGGGCCCACGUGGUCCUCAAGGGCUCCCAGCCCCUGAGCAACAUGAGGACGAGGACAGCCUGGAGGAAGACUCCCCAAGGGCCCCAGGCUCUGGCCAGCACUCGGACAGCCACGGGGAGUCAUCGGCUGAGCUAGACGAGCAGGACCUCUCGGCCCCUCACACGCAGUGCCCAGCCCAGGCCCCGACAGGCAGCAGCGAGGAGACCAUCGCCAAAGCCAAGCAGAGCCGCAGUGAGAAGAAAGCUCGGAAGGCCAUGUCGAAGCUGGGCCUGCGGCAGAUCCAGGGCGUCACGAGGAUCACCAUCCAGAAGUCGAAGAACAUCCUCUUUGCCAUCGCCAAGCCUGAUGUCUUUAAGAGCCCGGCCUCUGACACCUACGUGGUCUUCGGCGAGGCCAAGAUCGAGGACCUGUCCCAGCAAGUGCACAAAGCUGCGGCAGAGAAGUUCAAGGUGCCCUCAGAGUCUUUGGCCCUGGUCCCCGAAGUGGCACCUGGACCCCGGCUGAGACCAGAGUGUGGCGAGGAGGAGGAGGAGGAGGAGGAGGUGGACGAGUCGGGGCUGGAGCUGCGUGACAUCGAGCUGGUGAUGGCACAGGCCAACGUGUCCAGGGCCAAGGCCGUGCGAGCGCUGAGGGACAACCACAGCGACAUCGUCAACGCCAUCAUGGAGCUGACGAUGUAGCUGCUGCCUGAGCCGGUCCACCCUGCCCUCCCCAGCGCUGCCACCUAAUAAAUCGGAGUCCAAUCGACCGCACGGUGUCACCUCACUGUCCUCAGUGUGCUCUGGAGACCUCAGUGCCCCCUGCACCCUCUGGCUUCCCCUCCUAUCCCUGACUGCUGCUCAUCCUUGGGUCCCCUCCCACCCUCCACUGCCCUCAGGCACAUUCGAGGCCCCACAUUCUUGUGCCUCCCUGCUGGCAGCUGGUGAACACUGGGCUAUCUGGGCUACACCGUGGCAUCAGAAGUGUGGCCCGUGACCACACAGAUGGCGCCGAGGCCAUGCUCUACCCAUGUGGCACUAGGCAGGGGCCAGAGACGAGUCUGUGAUUUGUCUCUGCCUCUCCUGAGGCCCAAGGGGUGGGGGGCAGCUCCAACAGAAGGCGCAACAGAGAAAUCGCUGUGAAACCCAGUGCAAGUUCAGGGCCAGCCUGAACUACACAGCCAGACCCUAUCUCAAAAAACAAACAGAAAAGACCCAGCCCAGGGUUCUGCUGGGCUGAUACCACAUGGCCUGCCCAUCUUGCUCAGGACCCUGUGGCUUGGCUGAGACACAGUGAAUGUCCAGGGCAUCCCUCUCCCCAGCAUGGGUGGAAGAGGGCCUGAGUAUCCCGGGGGCGCCUCGAGUCUCAGCAGAGCCCAGUGCGUCCUGACCCAGGUCCCUUCCCCAUGCCCUGCAGAAGGUUGGAAAGGGCCCAGGGUACAGAGGUCAGCAGGGCCAGGGAUUUAGCUCAGUGGUGCUGCCACCUGCCUUGCAAGCACAAGGUCCUGAGUUCGAUCCCUGGUACCAAAAAAACAAACAAACAAAAAAAGCCAAGACCAAGGCCUGCCAGGGGCAUCUAUCACCAGCAGGGCUGGGCAGGACCACACCAGCCAGGGCCCUGCUGGGAUCCAUGCAUGGGACAAAGACCAA